CGAAUUUGCUAACUAUGGUUUCACCUUUAGAUCCUUGAAUGGUAUGGUAAGAAUAUAAUUUUUCAACGAAAAAAAUAAUGUUUUGAUAUGAAAUCAGGCUAAUAUGGUCCAAUCGGCCGAUACAUAUCAACACCCUGAACGCGCUGAAAGAAUCAGUUUUGGAUAAUCUUGUAAUUUACCAAAACAAUAACCCCAAAAGGGAAUAUAAAAUAUAGCAAAGGUGAACGGAAAUAACUAACUCAUCAAGUCUAAUAGAUUGUCAUUUUCCCGCCUCUUUUCUACCUUCCCAUAACAAACUAUAAAUCUGCAAGACUGCAACUCUACACGCCACUCUUGAAAGCUGAAGCUGAGUUAGAAAACCUCCAAUUUCCGCCAUUGUUUCAUUUUCACGAACAAGCUAUUCAACUCGCAAAUCUACUCCAUCAUUCUUCCUGUUGAAAGCGAAGUACACAGGAAGCCAAGAUGCAGGGCCAGGGGUACGGACAUGGUUCCAAGUAUUCCGACGAAGAAGAUUACUUUUCGACUUCAGAUUCGGACUUGAGCGUUAGCGAUGAAGGUGAAAGUCAUCCGCAUGAACCUCCGACGGCAGAGGAAGAGAGGGAGUUCCAUAAAGGAAAAUCUGUGGUUGAUAUUAGAGACGAUAGUGAUGUUUCUGUCCCAAGAAAGAUACACCGAGUAGACCUUGACCUGGUUGAAAAAAAGAGUAAAAGAAGCAGUGAAGAAGAACCGGCUCCCCAUGUUGAAGAAGAUGGAGGUUGUCGCUUGGAUGCAGCUGAGAAGAAGGAAGGGACAAAGAGAGAGAGGCCAAUGUUAAUGUGGAAGAUUUUGGAGGAAGAGAAUGAGAGGUGGAUCGAUGCCAAUGAAACAAAAGAUACUGAAUUGGACAAUGUAGGUGGGGAAAUGGAUGAAUAUGCUGGGGAUCCCCCAUAUUUGUUAAUUCCUCUGCUUAAGUUCCAAAAGGAAUGGCUUGCCUGGGCAUUGAAACAGGAAGAAUCGGAAAUGAGAGGAGGAAUCCUAGCAGAUGAGACGGGAAUGGGUAAGACCAUCCAGGCCAUUGCACUAGUUCUUACCAAGCAGGCAAUGACCCUGACCCUAGCAUCCAGACCAUUCCUCUUGCUUUCAUACAGUGUGAUGCCUGAAACAGAAUGCACCCUAGUUAUUUGCCCCGAGGUUGCUCUUAUGCAGUGGAAGAAUGACAUGGAGAAGAUCGCAAAGAAAGGGAUCAUCAGGGUAUUAGUAUACCACGGGCCCAAAAGAAAGAAGAAGUUAUAUCAGUUCUUUGAGAAUGAUUUUGUCCUGACCACAUAUUCCAUCCUUUCGGCAGAGUACAGAAAGGUGAUGCCAACCAAAAAGAAAAUGAAAUCUUCUGGUCUAGAAGCUGAUACCAGUCAAUAUAAGAAGCAGGAUGAACAAGAAGCGGAGCCGAAGGAGAAUCCAGCAGGAUCACACCAUGGUGCUGCAUCCAGGAACUCAGUGCUGCACUCUGUGAAGUGGACCCGCAUAAUUUUGGAUGAAGUAAGCUCACAUAAUCCCAUCUUACAGUAUUGUUACUCUUUGUCCCUCUGA